AUGUUCCACAGCAAACUACACGAGAGAUUAGCUGCAUAUGAGUUUGUGCUGUGUUCGUCCUCCCCUCGGAGGUACGAGCUCUUGCAACAGGUUGGCAUUACACCAAGGGUGGAGAAGUCUGCCUUUAAGGAGGACCUCGACAAGUCGCUCUAUGAGGGUGAUCCGUACCGGUAUGUUAGCGACACGUCGUUUGAGAAGUGUCAAGAGGUGUAUUCCCGACUCAGGAGGCGCAAUUGUGACACGAGCAACAGGGAAGCCAACAACGAUGGGCAUUGUAAGCCCCUGCUUCUUUUGAGUGCUGACACGGUGAUCACAGCGAAGGGGGAGAUCUUUGAGAAGCCAGGGAGCUAUGCGAGCAAUGUCGCCAUGUUGAAGACGCUCCGAGACCACGAGGAGCAAGGAACAAAGAUUGAGGUUGUUAGUGGAUGCACUAUUUUGAAGGAAGACCCCAGUACUUCAACGGGUAAUGUCCAAGUACGUCGCUUUCUGAGCACCACGGAGAUCCAUCUUGUAAAGGGUCUCACCGACGAAACGAUCGAGGAGUACUGCACGAGCGGCGAAGGACAAAGUGUUGCCGGUGGCUUCAAGAUCCAAGGUGCUGGAUGUCUUUUAUUUGACUCCAUCAGCGGUGACUACUACAAUUGUGUUGGACUCCCCUUGAGCCUCGUGUAUCGGGAGCUUGGAGCCCUCGUAUAG